CUGAAUCCUGUGAAGCUCAAUCCAUGCUCAUCGGAUCAUGGAUUGACCCCAUCUUGGGGACUGCAAAAUCAAGUUGAUCAUGUCUAUUUUAUCCCUGUGAUCAUGAUUUAGUCUCUGUCUUCUUUAAAGGUGCAAUAGCAGUAUAUUAGCAUCAGCAUUUUGCCUUUUUCCAUUGAUUGACUUGUCUUCAUGGGGUGGGUCCUCAGUGAACACUGAUCUGCUCAACACCGACUAGUGGUGGAAGGGGGAGGAGGAAAGAGAGAAUCCAUGGCAACCGAGGCUAUCGUUGCUGUCGUCGUGGAGAAAAUUGCUGAACUCAUUAUUCAGGAAGCGGUUUUCUUGCGUGGGGUGAGAGACCAGUUCGAAUGGAUGAAAGGAGAACUCAGACAAAUGAAAUGCUUCUUAACGCACGCAGAUGAGAAGCAGCAAGAAGGCGAUGCGAGAAUCACCAACUGGGUCGCAGACUUCCGAGACAUUGCGUAUGAUGCAGAGGACGUUAUCGAGAAUUUCAUCCUCAGCAGAGCAGUUCAGAGGAGGAGGGGAUUCAUAACAAGGUACGCUUCCAUCUUCCUCAGUGACUUGUUGAAUCGGCACAGGGUUUCCCAAGAGAUUGAGCGGAUCAAAGCCAGGAUCGAAGAUAUCUCCAAAAGACAAGUAACUUACGGAAUUCAAGAAGAGAUGAUUGGGGGAGAGAGGGUGGGAGAAGGGUCCAGCUCUGCUCGCAGAAGAUUGCGAGAGCGGAGACGAAUAUCCCCUCACUCUGAUGAACCCGAUAUCUUUGGUCUGGAAGAGGACAUAAAUUCAUUGAAAGGGCAACUAAUCAAUAAAUGGAACCUGCGACGAAGUGUGAUCUCCAUCGUGGGCAUGGGAGGGCUGGGUAAGACGACGCUUGCUAAACAAGUUUAUAACAGUGUAGAUGUCAGAAGCCAAUUCAGGGAGUGUCGGGCUUGGGUUUAUGUGUCUCAGGUCUACAAUACCAAGGAGAUUUUACAGGAUUUAGCAAAGAAAGUGAUGGGUCUCCCCAGAAAGGAGUCCAAAGAGAUGAGUGUAGAAGAGUUGGAGGAGAAGCUCCAUAGAUUCUUGCAGGAGAGAAGAUAUUUGGUGAUCAUGGAUGAUGUUUGGGUAACAGAUGUUUGGGAUGAAAUCAAAGGAGCCUUUCCUGAUAUGGGUAAUGGAAGUAGAAUAGUGUUAACUACUAGGAGUAAAGAUGUUGCUUUACAUGCUGAUCCGGCUAGCCCAGUUCAUGAACUGCAACUUCUGAGCGAUGAGAAUAGUUGGGCCUUGUUUUCAAAGAAGUCAUUCUUGGUUGGAAAUAGUUUUAGCGAGGGGACGAGUCAGGAGCAGCUGGAAAAUGUUGGGAAGAAGAUUGUGGACAAGUGUGGAGGUCUGCCUCUUGCAAUUGUAGUGUUAGGAGGUAUAUUGUCAAGAAAAGAAAGGAGCUUGAGUGAGUGGACAAAAGUGCUUGAGCGCAUUAAUUGGCAACUGGAUCAAGACAGAACUCAAUGUUCUCAAAUCUUGGCUCUGAGCUAUGACGAUUUGCCCUUGUACUUGAAGCCAUGCUUCCUGUACCUUGGAUCCUUCCCUGAAGACUCUGAAAUCUCUGCACGCAGAUUAAUUCAUUUGUGGAUUGCAGAGGGUUUGGUUCAGAAACGAGGUGGCAGAGCAGUGGAGGAUGUUGCUGGGGACUACUUGGAAGAAUUAAGUGAUAGAAGUAUGGUUCAAGUAGUGGCAAGAAGGAUGGAUAGGACAGUGAAGAAGUGUCGUGUUCAUGACCUCCUGAGGGACCUCUCCAUAUCCAAAGCUAAGGAAGUUGAGUUUUUUCAGUUUCAGGGUUGCACCUCCCCUGAGCCAGCCUUAACUACCAGGGCACGGCGACUUGUUCUGAAUUCUAAGAAUGACACAGAGGAAAACAUACCGCUGUGGUACCAUUACCACUCCUGUCAACCGCGACUCCGUUCAGUUCUUCUGUCCCUUAAUGGUGAGCUUCCUGAUUCAAGCAUUAAUGGACUCUUUGUAAGCACAACCAGGGUCGCUUUCAUCUUUGGAAUGCUUAGAGUGCUUGAUCUGGGGUACGUGAGGCUACCAAAGUUACCCAAUGAAGUGGGUAAAUUGAUUCACCUGAGGUACCUAGGCUUGAGAAAGACAAGAGGGAGUGGAUCCUUCUCCCCCUCCUUGUGCAAUCUUUGGAACCUACAAACACUAGAUGUAAAGGAUACUUCCAUUGUCUUGGGGCGUAAUGUAAUUUCAAUGAUGCAACAACUGAGGCACCUCUACUUGACUAAUGAAUUUGAUGGGAUACAAGUGUUGGAUCCACCAAGACUAGACUAUGUCUCUGAUGGCUAUUACCACCCUUCAAAGAAUCACCGCCACCACCACCACCACCAGCUUCAGACGCUUUGGAGCUUGGGCAUAGACAGGAACAGCCGUGUGAAGGAUGGAUGGGACAGCUUUAUCAAUGUAAGAAAGCUGCGUCUGGUGGGGGACUUACAAUCACAAGCAAAGGCAUUAAGUUUUUGGAUUGCAAAACUGAACCGCCUUGAAUCCUUAGCUUUGUUCCACGGGGUCUAUCGAUAUCUUAGGGAUCCAAUGGUGUUUCCCUUAUCAGUGAUGAACAAUCACCCCAAUCUCUACAGGCUGAGUCUAAACGGUGUAAGGAUAGAUAAGCUACCAAGCCUUUCUGAAUUCCCACCAAACCUAUCUCACCUUACCUUUGGAGACUGCAUGCUAGGAGAGGAGGACCCGUUCCCAACCCUAAGUCAGCUGCUAAGACUCAAGUACCUCAAGAUAGCAUACUCCCAAUGGAGAACAAAGCAGAUGGUUUGUCCUGGAGGAGGAUUUCCUAUGCUUGAUCACUUGAUAAUUUCAAAUGCAGAUCACUUGGAGGAAUGGAGUGAGGUGGGGAAAGGAGCUUUCUCCAGUCUUAGAAAGUUGGAGCUCUUAUCUUGUAGAAACAUGAAAAUGCUUCCAGAUGGAUUGCAGAAUGUGGACACACUACGGGAACUGUAUAUGGAUUGGAUGUCGGAUGAAUUCAAUGCCAGGGUUCAGGAAACCGUGGGAGAAGAUUGGUACAAGAUAGCACACGUGCCCUCCAUAAGACGUUUUGGGCCGAGUAGAAGGUGGAAUUGAGAUAAACCCAGAGUAAGGAUUUUUUAACAAAAGGGAAUGCAAGCAGCACAAGCGUGCUGUCUGUGCAGGAUCAAUGAUCCACAUUCCACAAACAGCAGCUGCUAAUUUCCCGAGUGACUUGAGUGAAUGUCCUGAUAACAACAGUCACCCUUCACCUAGGCUUUUAUUGUUGCUUGCAUUCCACCUUUUUCUGUCUUACUAUUUUCUCUUCUUUUCUAAUUCUAACACAUGUAUAUGCUAUUGGAUGGCCUGUAACUAACUGUAUAUAAGUGCAAGUUCAGCAGCCACCUUGCCAUAUAAGAAAAGAAAUUCAUUUCUUUUUUUCGGGAUUAUAUGUUAAAAGAAUCAAGUACUAUAAGAAAUUAAGGGGCAACACAGAGAAGAAGCACAAGUAGAGAAUUGAUGUGGGCAAAGACAUUAUAUGAAGUUACCUGGUACCAGUAGCUACCCAAUUUAUCCCAAUGCCAAAUACUAUUGAGCCCCAUGUGUAUUUAUCAUGGUCGUGACCUCUUCCUCCGACGGAGGACAAAAUUUGAAGUUUUGUUUUGGUUGCUUGGAAUGGGGAUGGGAGAAUAAAUGCGAAGCCAGUGCCUAAUACUAUCGCUUUUAGACAUACCUCAGUAAGCCGCUAAAGCAUGCUCACAGUGCUGCUUAUCCUGAAUACCCACUCAUUUUAUUGGAUUAUUGGAUUUUUCAAUUGCCAGAGACCUGCCCACGAUCACACUACUGUACUUAUGAUUUCAGUCACUUUACUCGUUCAAGAUUCCUAGGAUGUAGGAAGUCAUCUGUAUGUAUAUGGUCACUCCUAUUUUGAACAUUCCAGUAUUCUGUAUGCGCCACUAUUACCUAUUUGAACUAUUUGUUGUUAAGUGCAUCCCUAUGAAACUAUUUUCGCAAA